AUGGCCAAGAUAUCAUAUUCUUAUUUCCUCGUACUCAUGCUUGUGGUCUCAGUUUUUUCAGUGGUUGAGAAGGCUAAGGGAGAUGGAAGUUGUACUAUAAUCAUUGAUCCAAAAGCUCCAUCAUGUGACAUUAUUCAAUGUCGUCUAUCCUGCAUUACAGACUACAAUGGACUUGCAGAAUGUAUUGCAUCCAGAAUUGGUAGUCCUCCUAAUUGUGUAUGUACUUAUGAUUGUUAA